GCUCCCAGUUUUGUAUGAAACUACGUUGCAAACGGAUCACACCUUAAUUACUCGAAACCGUUGAAUUCCGUUUGUCGACAAUCGCGAACGAACGAUUUUACCUGUCACAACUGUCAAUUUAACGAGUUGAAUAAUGGCACUGGUACCGAGCAACUAUUGGCGCGAUUGGUGGGACGAUUUUGAGCGUCCGAGUAAAGUCCUGGACAAGUAUUUCGAGCGAAAUAUCACUCACGCUGAGGUCCUGGAGACCCUACGGUGGCCGACAUUCAGAUCAUUCUUUCGCCCCUGGGGACGAUCUCUCAGCGCCAGUCUCAGUGAACUCGAUAAAAUUGAGAAUGACGCCGACAAGUUCAAGGUGGUUCUUGAUGUCAGGCGAUUUUAUCCGCACGAAAUUCUGGUGAAAACCCUGGAUAACUCCAUCAUCGUCGAGGCAAAGCACGAGGACAAGGAAGAUCCGUUUGGAUACGUCUCCAGGCGAUUUCAUCGUCGGUACGAUUUACCCAAGGGCCAUGACAUUCGUCGGGUCACCUCGAGCCUCUCCACCGACGGUAUUUUAACCAUCAACGCACCCAAAGUUGUUCCACCCCCUGGGGAGAGAAUUGUACCCGUCGAUCGCACCUAUUUCCCAGCCCUCAAGAGCCCAAGAUUACUUCGAUAAUUUAUUAACGUUUGCUUUACCGACACCAAGGACAUGUUCUGUUGUUUUGAUUUUGAUUAUUUAUUGAUUUUAUGAACGAUAACGAGGACUAAACCUUUCAGAUCGGAUACCAAAUUUGAAAUUACUAGUCCAUCUUUGACUGUUGUUAGACUGUUUAAGUGUAGUUUUUUUUACCGCUCUAUUGGGGUAGUAAGUUAACUUUCGACUCGUUAUCGAAUUCCAUGUUAUUGGUAUUAGCAGAAUUAUCUACGUUUUAAUGAGCUAGAAUUAACGAUUUUCUGGUGUUGUAAUUGUUGAUCUGCGAAAAAUGUACCACCGUUGUUCAAAUUUUAAUGAUUAUUUUUUUAGAGAAUUAAUAAAUCUGUUGUUACUAA